UCCUUUCACUGUCGCUGUAUGCGCUUGAAUGAAUGACGAAGACACAAAGUCAACAAUAUAACAAACCUGUAUGGCUUGCUCCAAUACAAAUGUAAUCAAAGUUUAAUUAGGUGUAUAGAUUAACACUGACUGAUAUUAUAUUCAUAAACCCAGAUUAAAUGGAAGAAGCUCCAUUUCCAGUCGCUGGUGUUUUAAUUGCUGUUUUAUCCAGUUUUAUCAAUGGAUCUACGUUUGUGCUCCAGAAAAAGGGGAUACUACGAGCCCGCAAAUCAGGUCGGGUUUACCUAGCAGACUGUGUGUGGUGGUGUGGCACACUUGCAAUGGUUGUGGGACAAAUAGGAAAUUUUGUGGCAUACAAUGCUGCCCCAGCUGUUGUGGUCACUCCACUUGGAGCCCUGGGUGUCCUCUUUGGGGCCGUUCUGGCAGCCUGGGUGCUACAAGAACAUCUGAAUCUUAUUGGGAAACUUGGUUGUGCUUUGUGCUGCUGUGGUUCAGUUGUACUCAUCAUCCAUUCACCCAAAUCUGAGAAUGUUACAUCAAGAGCAGAACUAGAAGAGAGACUGAUGGACCCAGUGUUCCUGGUUUAUAUAUCAGUGGUGAUCCUACUACUGAUCCUUCUGAUUGGCUGGCUCUCUCCAGCUCAUGGAAAAUCCAACAUUAUGGUGUACGUGGGCAUCUGUUCCCUCCUUGGGAGUUUUACUGUACCGAGUAGCAAAGGUCUGGGACUGGCUGCCCAGGAGGCUUUUAGCGGGAUGCCUGCAAGUGACAGCAGGGCACUUUACCUCUUCCUGGGGUUGCUGGGAAUUCUCAUAGUCAGUAUAUUAAUCCAGUUCACCUUCAUCAACAAAGCCUUGGAGAGCUUUAGUUCUAGCAUGUUUGAAGCCAUCUACUAUGUGACUUUCACCACUUGUGUCAUCCUGGCCUCUGCUAUUCUUUUUAAGGAAUGGACAGCACUUGGCAUUGUGGACUGUUUGGGUAUUCUUUGUGGUUUCAUCACAGUAUCCGUCGGCGUUGCCUUAUUGCGUAUCUCUCAAGAUGCUACGCUUACUUGGGGCCAAACUAAGGCUAAAAAUGAAUAAGUUAUAUUAAAACAUUUUUUAUUGGUUUCCUAGUGAUGAAUGGACCAAACUUAUAACUUACUGUGAUAAUGUGAAUAAACCGCUACAGGUCCUAUUAAGGAGGAUUUAUCAGUAUAACAGAAAUGACUUUAGCUUUGGAUCUUAUUUUAUAUAUUAGAUAACAUUAAUUUUUUUUAAAUAUAAUUUAUCCUUGCUGUUUUAAUUCCAUUAUUGAUCAGUAUUUUUAUAAUGAUUAUUAAAUUGUGAAACUAUUGAUAUAGUUUAUGUAUUUUUUUCACAAAUAAUAAAGUAAGUACUAUUUUAUUAUGUAAAAAAAUAAAUAUUUGUUUUCUGCAAAUUAAAAAAUAGUUGACCCUGUCUGGAAAAUUCUGGCUAAAGUUUCAUUAUUUAAUGAUAAGAUUAGGAGCAUAAAGUUUGAUUUUAUUCACUGAUUUAACAUUGAUUUUAAUAUUUGACAUGCCAUUACUCUGUCUAUAUUAAAGAUAGUGGUGUUAAAUUUUUACAGAAUAUGCAUUACAUUAUUUAGGAUGAUUUUAUGUAGAAAAAAGUUUAUAACAUAAAUCUUUAUCUGGGUUUUUACAAACAGGGUCACGUUUAAUCUAUGCAUGUUUUCAUUGAUGGAAAUGUUGAUUUAUACUGUGGCUUUAUGUUGCCAUAAUUAGAUUAUUUUGUACUAAAUGUUCACCUUAUAAUAACUAUUUGAAAUGAAUCAAACUGGCUAAUAAAAUAACUAUAUCCA